GCUGAUUUCAUUUCACUCUCUCAGCUCACUCUCCACUGCUCAAAACCUUCAUUCAUGGCAUCUGCAUUUCAUUUCAGACAUAUUCUCUCUUUACUUCUUCUUCUUCCAUUGAUAACAUACUCAACAUCUACUGAUGAAAAGGUUAAGACUUUCAUAUUCAGAAUAGAUGAAGAAUCAAAACCAGCAAUUUUCCCAUCUCAUACAAACUGGUACGCAUCCUCAUUCACAUCAUCAUCAAAAAUCUUACACAUUUACGACACAGUCUUUCACGGAUUCUCAGCUUCACUAACGAAAUCAGAAGCUGAUUCAAUUUCAAGAAACAACCCAUCAUCAGUACUAGCUGUAUUCGAAGAUCAACGUAGAGAGCUACACACGACUCGUUCUCCACAGUUUAUUGGUUUGAGGAAUCAACAUGGGUUAUGGGCUGAAUCUGAUUACGGAUCAGAUAUUAUAAUUGGGGUUUUUGACACUGGGAUUUGGCCGGAAAGAAGAAGUUUCUCUGAUUUGAAUUUAAGUCCCGUUCCUUCUCGUUGGAAAGGUGUUUGUCAAUCUGGUGUUCAGUUUACUUCUAAUUCAUGUAAUCGGAAAAUCAUCGGUGCUAGAUUUUUUGCUAAUGGUCAUGAAGCUGGAUUUGGUGGUACCGGAGGACCUGGUUAUGUGAACGCAUCUGUGGAAUUCCGAUCACCUAGAGAUGCUGAUGGACAUGGAACUCAUACAGCUUCGACUGCCGCUGGGAGGUACGCAUUCAAAGCGAGUAUGUCUGGUUAUGCGUCUGGGAUUGCCAAAGGGGUUGCACCCAAAGCUAGAAUUGCUGUUUAUAAAGUUUGCUGGAAAAAUUCUGGUUGCUAUGAUUCUGAUAUUCUAGCUGCAUUUGAUUCUGCUGUUAAUGAUGGUGUUGAUGUUAUUUCUAUCUCAAUUGGUGGUGGCGACGGAGUUUCGUCCCCGUAUUAUCUUGAUCCUAUUGCAAUUGGUUCUUAUGGGGCGGUUUCGAAAGGGGUUUUUGUUUCUUCAUCAGCUGGGAAUGAUGGACCUACUGGAAUGUCCGUGACAAAUGUUGCUCCAUGGAUUACUUCAGUCGGCGCGGGAACGAUUGAUCGGAAUUUCCCCGCGGAUGUACUACUUGGUAAUGGUAAGAAACUUAAUGGCGUUUCUUUAUAUGCUGGAAAACCAUUAGAUGGGAAAAUGUAUCCACUUGUUUAUCCAGGCAAAUCUGGUUUGUUGUCUGCAUCAUUAUGUAUGGAAAAUUCACUUGACCCUGCACUUAUUAGAGGAAAAAUUGUCGUUUGUGACCGAGGAAGUAAUGCUCGGGUAGCUAAAGGUUUAGUAGUGAGAAAAGCUGGUGGAGUUGGUAUGAUUUUAGCCAAUGGUGUGUCUAAUGGUGAAGGCUUAGUUGGUGAUGCUCAUAUAAUCCCUGCUUGUGCUGUUGGUUCCGAUGAGGGUGAUUUGGUUAAAGCUUAUAUUGCAUCGUCCAAGUUGGCAACUGCAACAAUUGUGUUUCGGGGAACUGUAAUUGGGAUAAAACCAGCUCCAAUCGUUGCUUCAUUUUCAGGAAGAGGGCCAAGUGGUUUAACACCUGAGAUUCUUAAACCAGACUUGAUUGCUCCUGGUGUUAACAUUUUAGCUGCUUGGACUGAUGCUGUCGGACCAACUGGUUUAGAAUCCGAUACUCGGAAAUCAGAAUUCAAUAUUCUUUCUGGUACCUCAAUGGCUGCUCCUCAUGUUAGUGGUGCUGCUGCGUUGCUAAAAUCAGCUCAUCCAACUUGGACUCCUUCGAUGAUCCGGUCCGCAAUGAUGACCAGUGCGCGAAACAACGACAACCGUUUUCAACCCGUUACGGAUGAAUCAACCGGUAAAUCAUCUACUCCUUUCGAUUUUGGUUCAGGGCAUCUUAAUCUCGAUCUUGCAAUGGACCCUGGAUUAGUAUACGAUAUCGCCAAUGCAGAUUACGUGAAUUUCUUAUGUUCAAUUGGUUACGACCCGAAGACGAUUCAAGUCAUCACCAAAGCAGUAGCAAAUUGCGCAACAACAAGAAAAUCACAACCAGGGAACCUAAACUAUCCGUCAAUCUCAGCAAUAUUUUCAAGUUCGGGCAAAGGGGUGACAACAAAAUCAUUCAUCAGAACAGUUACUAACGUUGGUGCAGUAAAUUCAGUUUACAGACCCAAGAUAGAAUCACCAAGAGGGGUAACAAUCAGUGUGAAGCCAACAAAACUGGUGUUCACGGAGUCGGUAAAGAAGUUGAGUUUUGCGGUGUUUGUUUCCAUGGAUAGUCAUAACAUGGUUAUGGAUGACUCAGGUGGUCUUUAUGGAUACUUGUCUUGGGUUGAUGGAAAGCAUGUGGUUAGAAGUCCAAUUGUGGUUUCCCAGAUAAAUCCGUUGUAGCAAAAUCUCCUCUCAGCUCAUCCUAGGGUUAGAAUUUAAUCAAGGUCCCUCCACUUUAACGGUCGUUUCUGUGGGGACAAAUGUAGCAGACUUAGCUACUUGUUUAAUCGGAGAGAAGAAUGGGGCUUGUGGUGUUUCUUCUGUUUGGCUGUUGUUCUCCUCCUCCUUGGUUAGGGAGAAUGUGAUUCUCUCGGCUCCUGCAAGAUGAUCAGAUUGUUGUUGCUGUUAGUUUAUUUUUGACUAUUUUAGGAUUAGAAUACUGGCAAAAGAAGUGUGUAUUUAUAGCCGUUACAAGCUCUAGUGUUGUUGCUUUCAAUAUUAAAUGGUGGUUUCUGAUUCUGGAAGAUUUUACGGGUUUUAUUCUGCUUAUAUAUGGAUAGAUAGGGCAUGACUUAACACUAGUUGGUGGAAAAAUGUCAGUCAUGUCUUCUUAACAUUGUCUUAUGUGAACAUACAAGCUGAAUUUGUGA